UUUGUCAAAUUUGGAGUUUUUAUAAAUGGGUUUGACACGAGAUGUGUGUGUGUGUAUAUAUAUAUUAUAUAAAUCUAGAGUUGGAUUUGUCUGUGCUUUUGAUUAUAAAGGUGAUGUGGAGCUUAGCAAGUUGUUUGUGAAUUCUUGAUGUGAUGAGUGAAAAUGGGGUUUCUAGUGUUUGAAGUAGUCUUCAAAGUUGGAUUUUGUUCUGCAAUUAAGACUUUGCAUAUUUGUUUGUUGAAAGAUCAUACUUUACUUCGUGCUUCUCUCAUUAGAAUUGUUUUAUGGAAAAUGUCAGGCUUAUGUAAUUUUUAUACAGACUUCAUAAUAAGAAUGAUGUGGCAAUGGAAUUUGGGGAAGAAAUUAUGAGGACAAUGGUGACUGUUUUCAUUGUAAAUGAAGGGAUCACAAGAUGCCGCAUCAUUCUUAAGGGGUUAUGUAAUUUAUUGGCGGCUAUGAAGUGUUUCAUGUUCUACACUGGAGAAAAGAAGGAAGAACCCAAGACCACAAAGUCCAGUGAUGUGAGGAGAUCUGGGUCUGAAUUCAAUUCUCAGAAUGUAUCAGACUCCAGCGCAGAGUCCAUUGGGAGGAGCCCAUUACCAAGUUUGUCUCAGAGGCCUAGCAAUCUCAGAGUAUUCACGUUUUCUGAGCUUAAGACAGCCACAAAUAAUUUUAAUCGCACCUUAAAAAUUGGAGAGGGUGGCUUUGGAUGCGUGUAUAAGGGUGUCAUCAAGAGUUCUGAAGAUCCACAAAAAACACUUGAUGUCGCUGUGAAACAAUUAGGGAGAAGAGGAACGCAGGGGCACAAGGAAUGGGUGACAGAAGUGAACGUUCUUGGGGUGGUUGAGCAUCCAAACCUUGUCAAACUAGUGGGCUACUGUGCUGAAGAUGAUGAAAGAGGAAUCCAACGGCUUCUGGUUUAUGAAUAUAUGCCUAACAGAAGCGUCGAUGACCAUUUAUCAACUAGGAUGGAGACACCUCUUCCCUGGUCCAUGAGACUCAAAGUAGCCCAAGAUGCUGCUCGUGGCUUAGCAUAUCUACAUGAAGGAAUGGAAUUUCAGAUCAUCUUCCGAGAUUUUAAAUCUUCAAACAUUCUCCUAGAUGAGCAAUGGAAUGCAAAGCUGUCAGACUUUGGCUUGGCUAGAUUUGGGCCUCCAGAUGGACGAACUCAUGUCUCAACUGCGGUUGUGGGAACCUUGGGAUAUGCUGCUCCUGAAUACAUUCAGACUGGACGUCUUACAUUCAAAAAUGACAUAUGGAGUUACGGGGUCUUCAUUUUUGAACUUCUCACGGGUAGACGCCCAUUGGACCGAAACAAGCCUAAGAAUGAGCAGAAACUCUUGGAAUGGGUAAGGCCAUACGUAUCAGACACAAAGAAGUUUAAGCAGAUAUUGGACCCUAGGCUUGAAUGGAAUGGCUCCCUCAAGUCAGCCCAAAAUCUAGCUAUUGUUGCCAACCGGUGCUUGAUCAGAAAUGCAAAGUCACGCCCGAAGAUGAGUGAGGUGUUGGAGAUGGUGAACCAGAUCGUCGAAGCUUCACAAGAAAUACGUACUUCUCGACAACCUGUAAGAAGCUCGAUGCUAAGGGAAACCUCUGGGGACAAAGUGAAAGGUAAGGGAAGGAUCAUGGAUAUGACGACAAAAAAGCCUAGGUAUGCAGAAAAGCUUAGGUACACAGACGCCAGCAACAGAAAAGUGCACAAAGCACUCACAUGAGAUGGGCUCACACAAUGCAGAUCCCGCACCCCUUUGACUGUUCUAUGCAUUUUUUUGUGAUUGGUUUUUGUAGAAGUAUUGUGUGAAAUGGGGGAAAGUGGUUGGCUUCUAUGAUUGGUAGUUGGAUAAGCUUGUGUGGGUUAUGAAGGUAACAAUUCCGAUGAAUUUGUAUAUAGUUCAUAAUGCGAAGUGUACAAUAUUGCUCGUGUAUUGCAACUGCCACUACUAUUGCUUCAGUAGGCACCAAAACAAAAGGUGAUAUGAGGAUUGUAAGGUUGAGAAUUCUAGUAUUUAGACGGUUGUUCUAGGGAAUUUUGACAGUAAAGCUUGCAAGGCACUGUUGAUUGCACCACUGUUGAUUUGAAAAUGGCAGGUGGGUUUUCAUGGCAUGCGGAGAAGCCUCUUGAGAUGCCAUAGUAGAAAUUCUGAAUGAUAUAUCGUACAUUUAUUCGAAAUCAUUAUGUAUUGUUCUUGUGCUGUGUUCUUUUAGUUGGGUUAAGUGUUAUGCUUUUGGAUAGAUGUUCUAGCCUUCUAGGAUGGAAGCAGAAGUUCAAGGUAGUCAAUCAAUAUACUGUUGCUGAAUUUGUAUUUUGAAAAUAUUAAUUUAAUUUAAAUGAUAGAUUUGUCUA